GUCACUUUCAAAAUAAAUCGAUACAUUAAAUGCACUAAUUUUAUUCCAAUUAAAAUUUAUUUCUCCACAAAAACAACUAUUAUUGACUAGUUCGAUAAUUAAAACACCAACUUUCAAUAUUUUCAACGUUUUAACAUGCCUUUCAUUGAAGUAUGUGGAUAGAAACCGUGUUAAUUGUUGUGUGUAGUUUAGUAACGCUUCAGCGGUUUUUUAAAGCCGAAUAUGUUGUGUUUAUCUGAUUGAAUUCCAUCGUUAUGGACCUGUCUCCGGACGAAGACCAUUUCCAAGGUCGUCUGCUGCAUCAGGCUGCCCUGUGGGAUAACGUGGAGCUACUCCAAGAGUUGAUAGCGUCGGGUGCAGACGUCGACGCUCGUGAUGCGAGCUCGCGGACCGCGCUGCAUGCAGCGGCGCUGGCGGAGCGCAGCCGCUGUCUCGCAGCGCUGUGUGCUGCCGGCGCAGAUCUGGAUGCUGUCUCCGAUGCAGCCACUGGUGGGAAGACGGCGCUGCACAUAGCAGCAGAGCGCGGACACGUGGAGAAUGUGCGCGUGCUGGUGAGCGCGCGCGCGUCUCUGUCCGUGGCGGACGCGGCCGGACAGUCGCCGCUCGCGCUCGCGGACAGCCGCGGACACCGGCAUGCUGCCCGCGCUCUCCGUACGGCUGCAGAUGCCCAGGAGCGCGAGCGGCUCUCCCACCUCGCGCAGCUCCGGGAGCUGGUGACCAGCGGGGACACGCACCAGCUCAAGACCAAGCUGGCCUCCUUGGGGAACGAGGCCGGGGUCAUCGUGAACCUGACGCCGGGUGGGGCCAACACACUGCUGUACACUGCGGCGGAAGCGGGUGUGACGUCAGCGGCUGCGGCACUACUGGCGGCGGGCGCGGACGGGCGCGCGCACCCCGUCACCGCGUACUGCCCGCUCUACAUCGCCAGCUACCACGGACACGUCGACGUCGCCAAGCUGCUGCUCGCUCACUUCCCACAAGCUGUCCAGCAAGAAACUGUGGAGAAAUGGCUGCCACUUCACGCGGCGUGCAUCGGCGGCCAUGCGGCGAUGGUGACUCUCCUACUCGAGUAUCCGUAUCCUGAGUCUAUCCUAAACACUUACACGGACGCGACGGGCCAGUGGCAGUACUCGUUCGCGUUCGACGUGAACGCGCGCGACUCGAGCGGUCAGAGCGCGUUGUACGUGGCGUGCUCGCUCGGGAACCUCGGCGUGGUGGACGCGCUGCUGUCGUACAGCGUGCCCGCUCGUCCCCAGGUACAGUACAGUGCAGUACAGUGCAGUACAGUGCAGUACAGUACAGUGAGCGGUCAGAGCGCGUUGUACGUGGCGUGCUCGCUCGGGAACCUCGGCGUGGUGGACGCGCUGCUGUCGUACAGCGUGCCCGCUCGUCCCCAGUGCAGUACAGUGCAGUACAGUACAGUGAGCGGUCAGAGCGCGUUGUACGUGGCGUGCUCGCUCGGGAACCUCGGCGUGGUGGACGCGCUGCUGUCGUACAGCGUGCCCGCUCGUCCCCAGGUACAGUACAGUGCAGUACAGUGCAGUACAGUGCAGUACAGUACAGUGAGCGGUCAGAGCGCGUUGUACGUGGCGUGCUCGCUCGGGAACCUCGGCGUGGUGGACGCGCUGCUGUCGUACAGCGUGCCCGCUCGUCCCCAGGUACAGUACAGUGCAGUACAGUGCAGUACAGUGCAGUACAGUGCAGUACAGUACAGUGAGCGGUCAGAGCGCGUUGUACGUGGCGUGCUCGCUCGGGAACCUCGGCGUGGUGGACGCGCUGCUGUCGUACAGCGUGCCCGCUCGUCCCCAGGUACAGUACAGUGCAGUACAGUGCAGUACAGUGCAGUACAGUGCAGUACAGUACAGUACAGUACAGUGCAGUACAGUGCAGUACAGUGCAGUACAGUGCAGUACAGUACAGUGAGCGGUCAGAGCGCGUUGUACGUGGCGUGCUCGCUCGGGAACCUCGGCGUGGUGGACGCGCUGCUGUCGUACAGCGUGCCCGCUCGUCCCCAGGUACAGUACAGUGCAGUACAGUGCAGUACAGUGCAGUACAGUACAGUGAGCGGUCAGAGCGCGUUGUACGUGGCGUGCUCGCUCGGGAACCUCGGCGUGGUGGACGCGCUGCUGUCGUACAGCGUGCCCGCUCGUCCCCAGGUACAGUACAGUGCAGUACAGUGCAGUACAGUGCAGUACAGUACAGUGAGCGGUCAGAGCGCGUUGUACGUGGCGUGCUCGCUCGGGAACCUCGGCGUGGUGGACGCGCUGCUGUCGUACAGCGUGCCCGCUCAAGUCCCCAGGUACAGUACAGUGCAGUACAGUGCAGUACAGUGCAGUACAGUGCAGUACAGUACAGUGAGCGGUCAGAGCGCGUUGUACGUGGCGUGCUCGCUCGGGAACCUCGGCGUGGUGGACGCGCUGCUGUCGUACAGCGUGCCCGCUCGUCCCCAGUACAGUACAGUGAGCGGUCAGAGCGCGUUGUACGUGGCGUGCUCGCUCGGGAACCUCGGCGUGGUGGACGCGCUGCUGUCGUACAGCGUGCCCGCUCGUCCCCAGCCGUCGGAGUGUCCGGAGGCUGCGGCCGCACCGGUUUCGUCUCCGGCGGUGACGAGCCCGCACCGCGCCGGCAUCUCCCUCGGGAUACACGCCAUCGUCACCAAGCUCACCGGCGGGAACAAGGAGGCGGCGGCGACGCGCGUGCGGCCGGUGCGGGCGGACGGCGGGCGCGCGGGGGACUCGUGCGUGGGGAGCGCGGCGCGCGCCGGCCGCGUGCGGCUGCUGCGACGCCUGCUGGCCGCCGGCGCGGCGCCGGACGCUGUCUCGCUGCCGCCGGAUCAGGUGCCUCCUCCCGUAGUACCUCGUCAGUGUCGUCUGCCGCCGGACCAGGUGCCACCUCUCCAAGUGCCUCGUCAGUGCUGCCUUCUGCCGCCGAACCAGGUGCCUUGUCAUUGUUGCCCGCUGCUACCGGACCAGGUGCCUUCGCACGCAGUGGCUAGUCAAUGUCGCCUUCUACCACUAGACCAGAGUACAUCCCCGCCGGAGUCCCGGCGCCGGUCGCGCAGUGCUUCCGCCGCCGUGGUCCGGUCGAUGGCCGUCGCGCCCUCCGCCUCCACCCCCACACCUUCGCCCUCCAACAGGGGGUACACGCCCGAUCGCGAGGGUCCGUGGACGGCGCUGGCGGUGGCGGCGCGCUUGAAGCACGUGCAGCUCGUGGAGACGCUGGUGGCGGCCGGCGCCGCAGACCCCCACGCCCGCGCCGCCAGGGAGUGCGCGCGACACGGGCUGGCAGACCUGCUCGCCAAGCUGUUGGCCACCAAGGCGUAUCCAGACCCUGAUUAUAAGUUGAAUAAGUCAGCGAUAUCGGAGGCCGUGUUUAACAGUCGCGAAUCAGACUCGACGUUGACGUACAGCUCGCUGUGCCCCACCACGCCGGUCAUGAUCAACUGGAGGGAGCUCAGGUGCCAGCUGUCGAGUAUACGCAUGUCGUGGGUGCGGGCGGCGGCGCUGCGAGUCAACAGCAAGCUGCAGUGCGGCCGCGCGGCCGUGCUGGCGCUCACCCGGCUCGAGCUGCCCAACAACGAGCUGCGCCUGCUGCCGCCCGACCUGUUCGCGCUGCUCUCCCUCAGAUACCUGAAUGUAGCCCAGAACAAGUUGGAACGUCUCCCGACGAGUGAGGACCCGUUCGACGAGGACGGCACCAAGUGGCGCGGCAGGAACAAGAAGCGACCGCAGGUGUACAGCGCGCCAGUGCUGCAGGAACUGUACCUGCAGGAUAACCGCCUAGAGGAGAUCCCUCCGGAGCUGUUCUCGCUGCCGUCGCUGGCGACGCUGGACGUCUCCAACAACAAGCUGCGGUCGCUCCCCCCGCGCGUGUGGGCGGCGCCCGCCCUCCGGGACCUCAACGCCGCCCUCAACCACCUGCGGGACCUGCCCCACGGAGAACAGCCUGCACCAGAAUGCAGCAGUCCACCCCAGGUGUUGUCUCCGGCGUCAUCACAGAACAGCGCCUCUUCAUCAUCAGCGUUCAACUUCACGCAAUCCGUUAGUAUCUUUCCGUGGAAGAAAAGCGACCAGAAGUCAUCCACUCGCAGUCCAUCCAUCGAGAGCAAUGAUCCGGAGCCUCUCCAGCAGCAGGAGGAUGAAGACGGCGUCAUUGUUAUAGGAAAUCGCGCGGGGAACGCCGUGUGGUCGGAGGCGCGGCGAGCACACGGGUGGCGGGGGGCGGCGCGCGCCCCCGAGGGGGCGGCGGGGGGCCCGGGGGCGGGGGCGGGGGCGGGGGCGGGGGGCGCGGGGGGCAGCUCGCUGUCGUCGCUGGAUUUAUCUCACAACCAGUUCUCGUGCGUGCCGGCCGUGCUGGCUUGCCGCGCGCCCGCACUGACGAGGCUCAACAUGGCCUACAACUCGCUCAGAUCAAUGUCGUACGUAACAUCAUACCCGACCAGCCUUCGACAGCUGGACCUCAGCCACAACGAGAUCACCUGCUGGCCCAGCCUCCCACAGGUAGAAAACUUUGGGUCAACUGAAGGAGUUCCACUAGCGUGCUACUGUCCGAACUCCUCCACAUCUACCAGCAACAAGUCCAGGCCGCGCUCGGGGGGUUCAGUCAGGUCGCAGCUCCUGAACGCGGCGUGUCCGGCGAGGAGACAUCUGCGACUUGAAGGGCUCAGGACAUUGAUCCUGUCCAACAACCUGUUGACUCGCAUCCAGCUGACGACGGACGAUGAUGGGCACGUGUCCGCGCCGCACGACGGCUCCCACACCGACGACGACGACGACGACUGGAACAACGGGUCGAGCCUGAAGGGUCGUCUGCUGUUCCCUCUGCUGUCGAUGCUGGACGUGUCAUGCAACUUGCUACGGGCGGUGCCUCCCGCCAUACACGAGCUCACCAACCUCUCCGUGCUGAACCUCAGCGGGAACAAAGAGAUCUCGGAGCUGCCCCCGCAGAUGGGCCUGCUGUCGCGGCUGUGGAACCUCAACAUGGCGGGCUGCGAGCUGCACGAGCCGCUGCGGUCCAUGCUGCACAGCGGACGGUACAAGAGCAUGGACAUCGUCGGGUACCUCAAGUCCGUGCUGCAGGAGGCGCGCCCCUACGCACGCAUGAAGCUCAUGAUCGUCGGCGUGCAGGGAAUCGGCAAAACAAGUCUGUUGGAGUGUUUGAGACAAGAGUCCGCCAUCCAGCACAGAAGGAAACCAACUGAGCACUGGGCAAAGCGUAUGGGCAACAAGUCGUCCCGCCGGAACAUGUCGACGGUGGGCGUGGACAUCGGCACGUGGACGUACGAGAAGCAGCGGUCCACGCGUGGGCCUGUUACCUUCCGCACGUGGGACUUCGGUGGUCAACAGGAGUACUACGCAACGCACCAGUACUUCCUGUCGAAACGGUCGCUGUACUUGUGCGUGUGGCGCUGCACCGACGGUCGCCGGGGGCUCGCCGCCGCGCUGCACUGGCUCAGAUCUAUACAAGCGCGCGCCCCGGGUGCACCCGUCAUCAUGGUCGCCACACAUUACGAUCAAGUAGCCAAUUGGCCGUUGCCGGAAGGCGAGUGCCCGGAGCGUCUGCAGCGCCUCAUCCGGUCGACGGUGAUGGGCGCCCCUGACGCUGACAAGUUGGGACUGCCACGCGUACUGGACUCGCUGGAGGUGUCGUGCAGCACCCGCCACAACAUCCGGCUGCUGGCUGACAUCAUCUACUCGGUCGCGUUCAGCGUUAAGCCGCCAGGCAGCAAAGAGCCGUUGCUGCUGCAGCGCGUGCCGGCCACGUACCUGGCGCUGGAGGAGGCGGUGACGGCGGUGGCGGCAGACCUCACGCAGCCCGUGCUCCGACACGACGACUACCGUCGGCUGGUGACGCAAUAUAUACAAAGUAAGAACCUGCGAAUGUUCCGAGACGCGGCCGAGCUGCACCAGGCCACCAUGUUCCUACACGAGAACGGCGUGGUGCUGCACUACGACGACGCGACCCUGAAGGAGCUGUACUUCGUGCGGCCGCAGUGGCUGUGCGACGUGCUCGCCCACGUCGUCACCGUCCGGGAGAUCAACCCGUUUGCUAACAACGGUAUAAUGAAAGUGGAGGACCUGGCGCACGUGUUCAAGGCGUCCCCGCUGCUGUCCCGCGGCGAGGAGGCGUGCUCGUUGGCCGCCUCGUUGCUGAACAAGUUCGAGCUGGCGCUGUGCUGGGACGCUCGUCUGCUGCUCGUGCCGCCGCUGCUGCCCGACCGGGAGCCACCCGCGCCCCAGUUGCCGUUGCGGUCACGUGCCUGGCCGUCAGGGCGCCGCCCCUGGCCGCUGGGGGCUGCGGGGCCCGUGGGGGCUGUGGGGACUGCUGGGGCUCUGCAGUCCAGGGCCACGGACUCGCCCACGCUCAUCAACGAGCCGGCGGUGCGGGUGGUGGCGCAGGCGCCGCGCGCGCUGUGGAGGCUGCUGGCGGCGUCGUACGUGCCGCGAGGGUUCUGGCCGCGCCUGGCCGCGAGACUGCUGGCAGACCCCGCCCUCACGGCCGCCGCGCUGCAGCUCUACCAGCACCAGAUCGAGUCGGACGAGGCGCUGACCAAGGCGUUGGACCUGAACUGGGCGUGGAAGCUGUGGAAGACUGGUAUGAAGCUGGUGUGCGGCGAGCUGACGCUGCUCGCGCUGAGGGAGCUGCCGCCCAGGAAGGACGCCAUCCUCGGAGCCUGCGUCGACGAGGACCUCACGGAUGAAGUUUAUAACGACAUCAAGUUCAGGGUGCGUCAGGAAGGGGCCUGGUGCGACCUGGAGGUGCAGGCGUCCACCUGCAUCGAGAUCAUGCUGCCAGCGCAGGUGUGCGUCGUGAAGAGGGAUGAUGGACUGCCUAUAGCUGGCUACCAGAGCAUCAGUCUGGAACCGAACCCUGAGACGUUGGCGAAGGUGCUAGCGCUGGUGUCCGACCACGUGGACCUGCUGCUUGAGGACUGGUACCCGUCACUUGGGACCCGGUUCGUGCACACGUCGGAGGGGCGGUGCCUCAUCACGCGCGUGGUGCCGUGCCCCGCCUGCAUGAGGGACGCCGCCCGGGGACUCGACCACCACCAACACCUGCAACAGGCGUUCAGACAGCUGGAGCUGGGCGCGGGGGACGACGGUGACGGCGGGGGGGCGGGGGGCGAGGGGGGCGCGGGGGAUGCGGGGGGAGGCAGGCCGCGACUGUCGCAGGAGUCGCGCGCGUCGGACGGCGACAGUGGCGUGGGGGCAGAGUCCAACGCGUCGUCCCGGCUGGGCUCGGUGGAGGGCGUGAUACGUCCUCCGAGCGUGGUAGUAUACGCCUGGACGGUUGAGGAGGCCAUCCUGGCGGCCUGCACCUCCGCGCAGCUGCACUGUGUCGCCCACGGACACGUGCGGCACAGGGACGUCGCGCCGGACACCCUGCUGCUGGACGUGCCGGAGGAGCGUCGCGCGCGCUGGUGCUCGGUCCGCGCGGGGGCGGUGGCGGGGCGCGGCGCGUUCGGGACGGUGCUGGCGGCCUCGUGGAGGUCGCGCCCGGCCGCGCUCAAGGCGCUGCAGCCGGUGCCGCCGCCGCGCCUCCCGCACCGCGCCCACGACGCCGCCGCGCUGCACGCCUACAAGGCGGCGCAGGCGCGGUGGGAGCGCGAGCCGGCGGCGGCGGCCUGCCGCGCGUACUGCGGGCUGCGGCAGGAGCUGGCCAUCCUCGGCCGCCUGCGACACCCGCACGUGCUGCCGCUGCUCGCCGUCUGCCCCGCCCCGCUCGCGCUGCUGCUGGACCUCGCGCCGCAGGGUGCGCUGGACGGCGUGCUGCGGUCGUACCGCGACACGGGCGCGCGCGUGGGUCCGCGGGUGGCCCGCGCGCUGUCGCUGCAGGCCGCGCGCGCGCUCGAGUACCUGCACGCGCGCCGCGUCGUCUACAGGGACCUCAAGUCGGAGAACGUGCUAGUGUGGAGCAUGCCGGCCCCUGGCGAGGCGGUAGCGGUCGAGCGGAACUCGGCCCCGGUACCUGUGCACAUCAAGCUCGGAGACUACGGUAUCAGCCGAUUGGCGACACCGUCAGGUACGAAAGGCUUCGGGGGGACCGAGGGGUUCAUGGCGCCGGAGAUCAUGAGGUACAACGGCGAGGAGGAGUACAAUGAGAAGGUGGACUGUUUUUCAUACGGCAUGCUGCUGUACGAAAUUAUGACGCUACGGCAGCCUUUUGAAGGUCAUGAAGCCGUCAAGGAGGCCGUGCUGGAGGGAGCCAGGCCUACUCUGACGCAAAGGGACCUGCAGUACCCGUGCUGCAUGCUGGAGAGCAUGCGGCGGUGCUGGGCCGGCGCGCCCGAGCUGCGGCCGUCGGCUGCUGCGCUGGUGGCCGUCGUCGCAGCCCCCGAGUACCCCGCCCUCAGGGACGCCGCCGCCGCCAGGCCGGCCCGCGCCGCCCUCGGCCUGCCCGUGCUGCUGCCAGACGAGGAGGGCAGUGCGUGGGAGGUGUGGUACGGCAGCGAGGAGGAGCCGGAGCGGGUGCACAGCCUGCUGGCCACCACACACCACUUCACGCACCACCACACCAUCCGACUGCCGCCAGACAAGACUGAGCGGGUGUGUGUGACGGCGCUGUGCCGGGUGGGCAGCCGCGUCUGGGUCGGAGACAGCGCCUCGCGCAUCACCGUCUACUCGGCGGCCACGUGCGCGGAGGAGUGGGGCGUGGCGCUGCAGGAGGUGGUGGGAGGCGCGGCGUCACCGGUGGCGGCGCUACUGCCGCUGCUGACCUUACGCCGUGUCGCUGUUGCACUCGCCUGCGGCAGACUGUUCCUGGUGCGGUCUGAGCGUCCGGGAGCAGAUGAGGGUGGGGAGGAAGGCUCGGAAGGCAGCUUCGUGCUGACGGAGCUGGGCGCCGCCACCGACCUGCGCUGCCUGGCUGCGGUGCCUACGCCGCAGGGGGUGGAGGUGUGGGCGGGCGGGGAGGGGCUGCAGGCGUACAGCGUGGGCGCGGGCGGGGUGCGGGGCGCCAGCCGCCUGCAGGCGCGGGGGGUGUCGCUGCUGGCCGCGCUGCCCUCGGAGCCCUACGUGCUGGCCGCCUGCCGCCCAGGCGUGUGCGUGUACCAGUGGUGCGUGCGCAGCCGGCAGCAGUGCGCGCGCCUGGACUGCAGCAAGCUGGUGCCGUGCUCCGAGAGCCUGCAGUCCAUCGCCAUCGACGACCACCUCGCAGACGAGCGCUGCACCGUGACGGCGAUGUGCGUGUUACGAGGGCUGGUGUUUGCUGGCACGGCGUGGGGCUGCAUCAUCGUGGCCGACGCCACCGCCCUCAGCCCCCUCACGGUCUUCAGGCCCUACGAGGAGGAGGUCCGCGCGAUAGUACCACUGCGGUGGCGUGGCAGCGGUGCUGGUAACAGCAAUGGUGGUAACGACAGUCUCGCUGCUGGCGGGGACAUGCUGGCCACCUUCGGACGCGGCUACCGUCCACUGUUACAACGCUACGUCCCUCAACAGUCGAACUCCUCAAGCAGCAACACGCACUCCGGUUACUACUGCCUCCUGUGGCGGGCCCACCACUGGUUGCCUGACUAACUCAUCUGCAAGAAGAUAACGUGCAUAUCUACAGAGCUACGGUUUAUAAGAGUUAACAUCGCUCUUAUGUUAAUUGAACCAAAACUAAUACUAUUUAACCAGAGAUAGUACUAAAAACGACGAGUUUGCAAAGACCCACAUAAAUUUCAAGUGAGGGGGGCAUGUGUAGGCGUACAAAAUAACAUUUAAAAGAUAGCAUCGCUCUUACAUUAAUUGAACUAAAAUUAAGACUAAUUAACAACCGAUAGUGCUAUAAAAGAUAAAUUUGAAUAGAUCAAGAUAAAUUUCAAGUGAGGAGGACAUGUAGAGGCGUAUAAAAUAACAUUUAAAAGUAAGCAUCGCUCUUACAUUAAUUGACCUAAAAUUAAAACUGUUUAACAACAGAUAGUACUAUAAAAGAUGAAUUUGAAUAGAUCCCGACAAAUUUCAAGUGAGGGGGGCAUGUACAAGCGGACAAAAUAAUAUUAAAUCAAUAAAUACACAACUUGCUAUAG